AUGGUGGCCAAGGUGUCUAAGAAGGGCAACUUCAAUCCUUUUCCAGCUCCCAAGCGUGGCAAAGGUAGAUGUGUGCUGAAGCGGCCGGCCGCCAAGAAGACAAAAGCGUGGAAAGAUACCCCCUACACCCGGCAUCCUUCAAAGCUGGUGGCCGCGGACAUCAAGUUGGAUCGCAAAAUGUGGAAAAGGUCCUUGACGGAUAUUCUCCAUGCUUCAGGGAAGAACCUGGUCAAGAUGCUUCUACAGGAUGGGCUUCUAUCAUCGUGGGAUGGCCAAACUUGCCGCAGGGUACCAUGUCAAAGCUUCAAGAUGGUGACAAGCCACAGCACUGAUGCAGCGCUAAGAAGUGUCAUGUGCACAUCAAUCCUCACCAUCUACAUCCUCUCUUCACUGACGGUCGUGGCACUGGGUGUACGCGCCAUCCGAAAAGUCGAGUGGACACCUUUGGCCAACAAAUGGCUCAAGGACAAGCAUGUGAUCCUACACACAGACGCUGCAAAGUCCUACAAGUGCCAGAUCCGGAACGUCAUUCACGACAAGGUCGUCCAUUGCAAGAAGAAAGUCAAGACUAAUGGGAAAUGGAAAUGGCAAAUGCCAAACUAUGUUCGCCUUGUCCACCACAAAGUCCCGGGGCAGAAAGCUCUUGUGCGCUGCAAGGCUGGCACUCAAGUCAUCGAUCGUGCGUGGCGAUUCCUGAAGGAGCGUCUGCAAAUUAAUCAGGCAUCGCGUGUCGGAAGUGCUGCCCUCCGAGCAAAGCUCCGGUCUGCGCAGUAUGAGUACUGGUAUCGCAACCGGGACCUGUGGCAUGCCACAGGUCGUUCCCUUAGCACCAUCAGCAGCGAUGCGCCACCCCCACCCCCACCUGGUGGCACAGCUGGCUACGGCGAGUUGGCGCCUUCAGCCAUCCAUGGGCUGCCGGAUACCGGAGGCUCCAUGUCCAGCCCCAAGUCCGACGAUGGAAAUCCGCUGCUGAAAUCAGUGAUGGAUUCCAUGGCUGCUGAUGGCGAGGAUAUGGAAGGCUUAGUGGCGCCCAACCCGCUGACAGCAGAGGAGCUGAAGGCUGAAGAAGCACGGCGUCGUAGCUCACUGGCUGCGGCGCUAGACGAGAAGGGGAUUUCAACGGUCUUUGAUCCUGGGGCAGGCAGUGGUCCCUCCGGAGCCAUGAAACCUCAGUUCGACGUGACCAGCAUCCCACCAGGGGAGUUGAAGAGCUUUUUGCUGAACCCCUCCCCGAAGCCUGCUGGCAUGAUCGAGUGCCGGAUCAUUCGUGCUCAGCUUGGAGCGCGGUUCAUCGAGUUCCGCGUGUCGAGUUCAGCGGACUGCGCGGACUGCGCGGCUUCUGUUCGGCUUCCGGUUCGAGCCCUGGCGCCGGAGCGGUGCUCGGAGCACAGGCCCAGUGAAAGCUUGGGGCACCAGUUCCGUCGAAGCGGCGUUUUCGGUGUCUCGAAGGUCCGUGAAGCGGUGCUCGAAGCCUGUCAGCGGCUGAACCGCCCGGUGGAGGAAUCUGCCAAAGCACUGCAAUACUUAGAAAGCGAAUGGCUGUGUGAUGCCUGGACCUUAGGCGCCCUGUCAGAGGAGGCCUGGAAGGAGCUCCGCUUGCCCUUAGGACUCAAGGAGCAUCUCCGUUUUCGCUUCCGCGGCACCGCUUGGGCGGCCGAAGCGCGCCCCGCUUCCCCUGGCUGGGCACGGCUGGACGCCGAGAAGCCGGUGGCGAUGGUCUUCCAAGACGACCGACGUCCACCCGAGGUGCCUCAACCACGUGAGAAAAGCUCCGUUGAGGCGCUUCUGGUGAGGAUCCAAGAGAAGAUGAGCCGUGAGAACCGGUCGCUGAAAGGUAUGGCCCGGCGCUUCAAACGCAUGGACGAUGACUUGAACAACUACAUGGAGUUCUCUGAGUUUAUCAACGCCAUGAACGAGUUGUACCAAGGCCUCAGCGACCAGGAGCUGCAAUCCUUGUGGCGCUACGUGGACCGGGAUGGCAAUGGCCGAGUUACCUUCGAGCAGUUCUUACAGAUUUUCAAGCCCAAAUUGUCAGAGAGGCGGCGCCUAGCGGUGAAUGCGCUCUUUGACCAUCUUGAUGCCAAUCGAAAUGGAGUGAUCCAAAUCGAUGAUUUGAAGCUCCGCUGCGACCCCAACGCGCUGGCCGAGGGUGUGCACAAGGUGCGGGGCGUGCGAAUGCAGCCCGACCAGGUGUUGGUGAAUUUCUUGGAGAACUUCCGGAAGCUGGUGGGAGGUAGCGUCUACGGAGAGGUCCGCUAUGCAGACUUCGAACGCUACUAUGAGGGCCUCUCUGCAGGCAUCGAUUCGGACGCUUAUUUCGAGGAACUCUUGCGGAAGGCAUGGGAUUUGCCCAGCAACUUCUUCCACCACCUGGAGGUGGAUGAGAAGCCGAAUCACAUCAGUGCUGGGACGCCUGCACGAGUCAGGGUGAUACCUCAUCAUCAACAUCAUAAUCCUACCUUCCUGGACCAUCAGCAGGGGGGUCGCGAGCGGCGAGGGCAAGCGCAUACGGGACAAAGGCUACUACGCACGCUCCGUCGAUGCUUAGCACAAUGCUGCCGGGGGAAUGCUUCCUUACUGUAUGGAGAUCUGGUGGUGCGCACCUAUGUGCCGAAUCCCAGGCGUGGAGAGGAGGCUCCGCCCAAGCUGGUGCCCAAGGAGACCUUCGAGGCGGUCUUGCUACGCAUGUUGCCCAGCAUGCUGCCCCCAGACCGUGCCACCUUGUCCGCCAUCUUCCAGGACGCUGUCCGCAACGAUUGCGUGGACUACCGCUCGUUCCUGGACUGCCUACAGGCGCCCACGGCGGUACGGCAGGACUGCGCCUUGCGGGUCUUCGAUGACCUCGCCGGAGCAGGCGCGACCAACUUGGACCUGAGCGACGCUGCAAGGGUCAUUCCGCCCGGGGCGAUGACCGUCUUUGGUGACAGGCAGGUCUCCCUGCAGAGUUGGUUAGACUUCCACAACCUGGUGGCCACCGCCGCUGGAGAGACUACGGACGCUGUGUACGAGGCUCAGCUCCGGUACUUGUGGGGCUUGAGGGACGCCAACUCCCAGGGCCCCAAGCUGACGCCGGUGCCGGGCUACUACCGCGGCAUGUCGCGGGUGCAGCUGGGAUGA